UCUCGAGUGUAUGGACAAAUAAACACUUACAACAAAUAUUUGCAUUUGCAAAUAUGAUAUUAUAGCCUAAACUAAAUGUACAUACAAGCAAUUAACACCCAGUGUCGGGAUCUUCGGAAUUCCAUGAAACUUGUACAAUUUCUGCUAACCAGAUAUCGGUAUGGGCUUUGACACAGAUCGGUUUCUUUCACCCGUCAAUGACGCACUCACGUGCUGCAUCUGCCGCGAUGUGCUCGAGGACCCCGUGCAGGCCCCGUGCGAGCACGCGUACUGCCGCUCGUGCAUAGAAGCGUGGCUCGUGCAUGAAACCACGUGUCCCGAGGACCGACGCCCGCUUAGUAUAUCGUCACUCCGCCCUCUCUUCAGGUACAUGCGCAAUGACUUGAACAGAUUACAGCUCCGUUGCCGAAAUCGGGCUUACGGUUGUGAGCACGACGGCGUGCUGGAGUUUAUGCAGUCGCACGAGAGCACAUGUACUUUUGAGCGGCUGAAAUGUCCGAACGAGAGGUGCACGUUUUUCGCGGCACGUCGUGUGGUCGACGAUCACGUCAGGUGUUGUGAAUAUAGCCGGAAGGAAUGUCCAAACGGAUGCGGCCUGCUGAUCACGCGACCGGCGGAAGCGGAUCAUAAUUGUAUCCAAGAAUUGCGCACGUCACUUGAAGUGUUACGCUCCGAGCUUACGUGUAAACAUGAAGAACAGAAAAACGAACUUGAACUUCGUCUUGACAUGCAGAGAAAUCACAUGAUCCAAAAAGAGUCAACGCUUCAGAGUCAGAUAGACGCUUUAGUUCUUGAAAAUUCGCGCCUAUCUCAAAACAUCAAGUUUCUUAUGGAUAUGGAGCUAAGCAGACGACAGGAAAUCGAGAGCCUCGAACUUGAGAAACGCGAGCUCAUGGAACUACUGCGCAAGUCUGUGGGAACUUCCGCCGGCAGUGAGAAGGUUACAAGGGGAUCGCAGCUCAAACGAUCAAAUACGAUACAAGGGAAGAUAUCAACCGUCUAAGAAUUUCAUGUCCUUUAUGUAACAAUGAAUUGUGUGUGCAUAUAUGUUUAAUAAUGUUAUAAUAACUCGGGUUGAUAUAUAAAAUUAUACAUAGAAGCAUAGAUCUACUUCUGUUUUGAGUUGCUGAAUGGUUGCCAAGUGUUAGGUGAAAAAGGAAUCGUUAAAAAAAGAUGUCCUUUAAAUUUCAAGAUUGUAUAUUUCUUAUCUUCUCACACUCGUCCUUUCUUGUAUUAUUUAUAAAACUAUACAUACGUUCUUCAAUGACGACUAUCGUAGUGCGAAAAUACCUAAUAAUUAUAUUAAAUAAUUAUAGUUUCUGCUGUUAUACAUUAGACAGAUGAUUUAUGAAGUGAGUAGGCAUUCGAUGCUAAAUAGUCCUGAUUCAACGACUUUUUUAAACAUUCCACGAUUCCAUUUAUUCUGUAGAAAAAACAACAACAUCGGAAUAGGUUAUUCUAUGCUUAACGUGUCCUCCUAUUCACUUGUAUUCUUCAACUGUAAUGAUUGUUGUCACUGUUUGUUUAAAAAUAAAUGAAUACUGUAAUAAAAUUGUAUGUAUUCCACAAAAACAAACAACAGCAUAUUUAAAGGGUCGAGAUUAUACGGUGUGCCUUUCACACAACAAGGCCGUAGGUUUAAGCGAAUCCCAGUUAUAGUAGGCGACUGUAAAUUCAUUGU